ACGGCUGGGUGAGAGUUGUGAAGGCGAGUGGGGAACACUUGCACGAGCGGGCAUUCCCGUCCCGAUUCCAUCAGUUCGUACUUGCCUUCCGCCAUGCUUGCUCGUUCCCUCUCCGUAGUCUGCUCUAGCGCGCGUGAUCUCGCUUCCUAAUCUCGUUCUAGUUCUAGGCAUAUUCGAAACUCUAGACCCCUUCUAGACCCCUUCGCACCUGCGCCGUAGGGACGUGUCGCAUGGCGCGUGCUUCGCUGAUAUAUGCUGGCGUGCUGACUCUAGCUAUAGCCGUGACGAUACCGCUUAGCGAAUGCGCGGAUGCCGCACAGAGCGUUGUGAUAACGCCGUCCACCAGCGCUGUGCGCGCGACCUAUCGUAGCUCCAUAUUCCAGGCUGACGUCAGCAUCGUGGUCGACGAUAAAUCCAUUCUCUUCCAGGCGAGUCCGCCGCCCAACUUCAAGGAGCUCUUCGGCUACACCAACCCCGCCUACGAGUCCUUCCCGCUCCCGCCCGGGUCUCCCGCUACCGUGUUCAACCAUGUGGGCGUCAUGUACAACCCCUUCGGCGCACUGCCGUUCCUCGCCGGCCAGGAGGACCCGACGCCAAUGAACGGCACGCAGGCGGCGAACGAGACGUGCGUCUCGUGCCACGUGUUCGUCACCUUCUUCCACGCCGACCCCGCCGCCGUCAACGUCACGGGCGCCGGGUGCGCGUUCAACGACAACGGCUUCUGCAGCGUCACCAAGGGCACGCCCAUCUUCCAGACGCCGCCCAAGGAGUUCCUGGGCGCCGACUUCGCCACGUCGUCCGGCACCAUGUACAAGAGCCGCCCGCUGCUCUCGCCCUUCGGCUCCAAGCUGCUCGCCAAAUCCAUCCUCACCCCGCUCGCCGCUCCGCGGCUGGGCAUGAUAUGGACGAGCAGCGUGCAGCCGCCCGCAAUCUUCGGGUACGACCAGAAGUACACGCUGGGGCCCACCAACUACUAUGCCACCAGCGCCGGACAGGUGCUGGGAAUAGGGCAGGUGGUGAGCACGACGUACUUCGACCUGUACGCCAGCUACUUCACAGCCAACACCGAGACCACCAACACGCCUGUCACGUCCAGCGUCUUUGACCGCCCCACCAAGUACCUGGUGUCGGGGCUGUACCCCUCGGCGGCGUACUCGCAGGUGACAGGGUACCGCGGCAUGUCCACCUUCACCUUCGGCUUCACCAACUUCACACAGGUGGAGUCAUCUGAGGCACCCAGGGACAAGCGGUCGCAUCGCAUGCAAAGAGGUCUUCCUGCUCUCAUGUUGUCUGCACUGCUGGCAUUGUUAAUGAUUUUUCUUAUUUGAUUUUACUCGUCAAGCGGUUGUAUGUCUUGUACAUGCCUUUCCAUCCUAUCAUGUGUUAACCCAAUUGGGGGAUAUGGGCAACUCAUUGGCCAUGAAAUGAAAGGUUGCCAUGCCAUGCCACCUUGAAUGGAUGUAACCCGAGUCUUCUACUUACAAGGGC